AAAGUGCAGAAAAUGGGUCUUCUUCAUAAUACAUGAAGAUGAUUAUCAUUCUCGUUAAUAUUAUUUAGUGAACUAUCCGUGACUUACUUUCUAUAUACCAAUUUAAAAUGCAUUCGCGCGGACUUUUUUAGGUGGCUAAGUAAAUGCCUUAUCGUUAAAUUUGGAAUAGCUAACCGUGUUCCUCGGUUUUAUUUGUAGUAAAACAAUGGCCGAUUUUCGUAGGUAUAUUAAUGUUGCCCGAAAGUCAAACGUCGUCGUUAUUUUCGUACAUUCGUAGGCCGUGAAGAAAAAAUCUCGUAUCUUUACCCACCAGAUAAAGUUUAUAUGUGAAUGUUAUUUAAACUUCUUGGUGAACUCUAGUGUGAUGUACUGUAAAGCCGUUACCUCACCUUCCCGCGUCGUGUCACACACGUGUCACGUGGCGAGCUCGUGCCGCCAUUGUCCUGGUAACGGUUACCUGGUAACGAGCGCGAGGAUAAAAGAGCAACUCAAAUCGCGCACAGGUAUGUGGUUUUACUGCGCGGAGGGGCGACAGUCACCGAUGGUUGGACCCUUGGGUGCAGUGAGACCUUUGGUUGGACCGGGCAGACCAGGGAGGCGUCCGACUAACAUCGGCCUCGACCAAUACUGCACCUCCUACAGACAGUCUUACAGUAAGGAGUUAUUCCAGUCAUGUCUAGGUCAUCAUUUUGGGACGGGUUACUCUGCCAACCACCGUCCUCUUCUGUACUACAGCUCCAGCCUGGACCGCUAUGAUAAUCCACAGUUUGGCCUCUCGCUGUUGGACAGUUUUGAGUCUCAAACGAAGCGUCAUUACCGGCGUCUGGUUCUGCCCGACGGGACGGAGCCUUUGGCCUGCUCGGGGUCCAGACACAGAGAGAGCGGAUAUUUGCAGCUCCGAUCUCAGCCAAGACCUAGAGCAGGGUCCUGUCAGACCGAAUAUAAAGGCACUCACAUUCCUCACCGCCUCAGAGUUUUAGUUGGACCCAUAGAAGAUAGUGGAUACACUAAGGAAGCCAGUCUACAACCGAACACCUUUCUCCCUCAAAAUAUUAACAUGGAUGACGCUCGCAGGACACAGGAAAGUGUGAUGAGGACUGACUUCCUUCCCGGAUGUUUCCUACAGGGCAGUGAAGCAUUACCAAAACUUGCCUCCCGUGCACUUCGAGAAACUGGAUUUACAAGAGAAACCCAGAGGCCACUGACCAGUUCGGCCUUUCUACGGGGUGGUGUUAGUGAAGACAGCGGACAGAAGGCUAAAAGUGCUGCUGCUGGAUGGUCCAUUGGGCCAAUGGGCUCAUCAGGAUUCGUCCUGAACGCCCCCAACAUCACAAGCCUCUCACAUACACCAGCCGACCCGCAACACUUCCUCACACACUACCAAAACAAGUUUUGUGACCGAUCAUCAGUGGUGCAGCAGAGAUCAGAAUGGGUGAGAGGAGGCAUACAGAGACUCAGAAAAAGCGGGUAUAGUGGACGAGACACGGAUAGGUUUAAUCUUAGUGGAUUUAGCGUCCUAGCAUCGCAAUAAACCUUAAAUAUUCCAUUAAA